AACGAUAGUUUGCAAACACAACAACUCUGUUCAGUUGCCGCGGUUCAAGGAAAAAAAGUGGUGCGUCUGUUGUUUGCGUCUUUUCAGUUCUUUGAAUUUUUGCAAUUAUUAUUUUUUUGUAAACAAAAUUACAACUACUAUUUCUCCAUAAAAUAAAACCUUAAUUUUCUAAUAAAAUUCUAUUAUGUCGGCCAAACGUAAAGCUGGUGGAAAUGGCAAUGGUCCCAAUAAAAGACGUCCCAAAAAGAAGGAAUCCGACUAUGAAGAUGAAGUCAGUGAUGAGAGCGAGGAUGAGGGCGCACAAUCCACUUCAAAUCAGGUGGAAGUUUUAAUACCCAAUGAUGAUUUGGAGCCGCCAUCCAAAUUGCCUGAUGAUUUAUUGGCCACUAUGGAAAAAACACCGGGUAAAAUGUUAAUAGCCGGUAUGGUUACUUGGGAUUUGACGGGCAAACGUGAUCGUAAAAAUGUGGUUAAAGUUCGUCCAAAUCUAUAUAAUUUUCAUCGUUUCACAGAUGAGAAGUAUCGUUAUGUGGCCAGUGGAUGUGCUGCCGCUCACACCAUUCUCAUAAAUAUGGAUCGUAAGGCAGUGGCUUUUGGACGCAAUCCCUCGGGUCAACUGGGUCUACCCGAUACUAAAUUGUGCGAGAAACCAACCGUAAUACCAGCAUUGGAAAAAUUCAAUAUUGUACAGGCAGCGGUAGGACGUCAUCAUUCACUUUUCCUUACAGAUACCGGCACUGUGUAUGCAUGUGGUGACAAUAAGUCGGGUCAGUGUGGCAUUGGAAAUACCACUCCUACGGUAAACACACCAACUCUGAUUAAUUAUCGUGGUCCUCCCAUUAUACGUAUUGCUUGUGGUGCCGAAUUCUCUGUUAUCUUGGAUAUAAAGGGAAAUUUACAUACUUUCGGUCUGCCCGAAUACGGUCAAUUGGGUCAUAAUACAGAUGCCAAAUAUUUUGUAAAUGCCAAUAAAUUAUCAUUCCAUUUCGAGACAUCACCCAAGAAAAUUGUACUCUACAUAGAGAAGAGUAAAGAUGGUCAUGUAACACCGGUGGAGGGAGUACAAAUUGUGGAUUUUGCCUGUGGCAAUAAUCAUACGGUGGCUAUAGAUUCCAAGAAACGUGUCUAUAGUUGGGGCUUUGGUGGUUUCGGUCGUUUAGGUCAUGCUGAGCCUAAAGAUGAAAUGGUACCUAGACUCAUAAAAUUCUUUGAUAUUGGCGGUCGUGGUGGACGCAGUGUUUACUGUGGCGCCACUUAUAGUUUGGUGGUCAAUGAGUUGGGUGUACUCUUCCUAUUCGGACAAAAUAAAAAGACUGGUGAAGCUAACAUGUAUCCCAAGCCGGUACAGGAUUUAUCGGGUUGGAAUAUCACCGCUAUUGGCUGUAGCAACACAUCGAUUAUAAUCUCAGCGGAUGACACUCUAAUUGCCUGGGGUGCUUCGCCCACCUAUGGUGAAUUGGGUUUGGGUGAGUUCCAGAAGUCUUCCACGGUCCCCAAAGAGGUACCAAAGAUGGACAGCAUGAAAAUACCUCAAGUAGCCAUGGGUUACUCACACGCCGUCCUUUUGGUCGACACAGACAAUGAAGCCACAGAAGGAAAAUAUGAAAAAUUACCCGAAUACACUAUUGAUGAUUAGAAAGAGGAAGGAAAUGAAAAGGAGAAUGUUAAGUUAGAGUAUGAUUACAUAAAAAUAGUUUUAGAACACAAACACGAGGAAAAGAAAGAGAGAGAGCGCGAUAACUGGUAAAAAUUGUUUGUUUUUUGUUGAAAGGCAAAUUUUAAGCAAUCAUUGGAAUUAAAUCAAGAAAAUUAACAAUAAUUAUAAAGAAAUAACAAAACAAUAAACCUCUUUUUGUAUUGCAUUUAAAACGAAUGCUUUAAAAAAACUUCAUUUUACAGAUAACAUGAAUUGUACUUUCAUUUCUUACUUUUUUUAAAAAAAUAUUUUAUCUUUGUGCUCCUCUUUUGUAUACUUAAUUAAUGUUUCUUUUAAUUUGUUGGUUAAACUAAGACUUUAAAAAAAAAAAA